GAACCCACAAACCCCAGGCCGCCGAAGUGGAGCAUGCAAACUUAACCACUAUGCCACCAGCUGGCCCCCUCACCUUCCUUCUUAAUGUCUGGACUUUUGGACUUUGGCUUCCUGGGAGAAACAGCUCACUCAUACACUAAGGAAGUACUCAGCAGCACUCUAAGGAGGGACAGAAAGACCUCUUAGCUUUGAACAACAGUUGGUGAUGCUGAGUAGGCAUAGCUGCAGUUAGCAAAGCUGAUCUCAAACACUUUUUCUCGUCUUCUGGCCCAGGGAAGAUUCAGCCCAUUGGUUCUCCGUUUCAGUCCUGUCUUACAGGUGAGAUGGCUGAGGCUCAGAGCAGCUGGGCGACUCGCACAGGUGCCCACGGCUCACAUGUCAGAUCCAUUCUCCCAUAAAUUCCUGCCAAGUGAGCGAAGCGAGGGAAGCCUUCCACAGGAGCACGCUCAGGGCAGCCGACUGAAACGCAGGGUCCAUGCAGACCUGGGGCACCGCAUACUCCGCAGUGGUCACUCAGCCACUGGAACGGCCCUCCCGCAGGAGCCCCAUGAGGCCGAUCGGGAGAGGCUGGGACAGCCGAGAUUUCAGGGCUGAGCCCCUGAGCCUCACAGGGUGUGCCUGCCAGCCGUGGCCAUUGGUGUCGGGAAUGAGGCAUCAGCUCUUCGUACUGGCCCCCAGGGGAAUGGAUUGAUUUAACUGCUUAUUUUCUUUCUCCUCGUUCUUAGCUUUUUUUACUGAGCUGUAGCUGAUGUAGAACACUGCAUUCGUUUGUAUUGUGAAGUGACCACCACGGUAAGUCUGGUCACAACCGUACUUACUUUCUUUUUCUUCUUCUUCUCCCCACAGCCCCGCAGGACAUAGUUGUAUAUUGUAGUGUGGGUCCUUCUAGUUGAGCUACACAGGACGCCGCCUCAGCGUGGCCUGAUGAGCCAUGCUAGGUCUGCGCCCAGGAUCCGAACCGACAAAACUCCGGCCGCCAAAGCACAGUGCUCGAACUUAACCACUCGCCGGCCCCUGUCCCUAUCUUCUUCUUGGUGCUUUGGCCUUGCCUCUCUUGCCAGCCCUGCCCCGACGGUCUCCUGCAGGGCACCCAUGCCCCCACAGCGAGCUGUGCACGUGCGGGAGCGGUCUGUGCAGCGAGUCCCACGCUCCGCCUUCCCUGUGUGCGUUCAGACAGACUAACAACUGCCGUCGCUGCACACAGCUCAGCACUCUGCGGCCCAGUGGACCCUUGACUAUAGCUGGCAGAACGGUUUCGUCCUAGGGACUAAGUCUGGGAAUCAGAUGACCCAGCAGAACAAGUGCGAGCCUUGUGUUCCGUUAAUGGGGACUUUUGUGUUUCAUGUCAUCUUUAGAAGCUGGUGGUUUCAAAUACACUGGCCAGCGAGCCCUGGUUAUAUUCCUGCGUCGGCCUCGGCUGUCAUACAGCUUUCUCUCCUCGGGGUCUUCACGCACAUCUAGAUGGCAGCCCCCUCCCCAUCUAAGCCAGCCAAUUCCUGACCACACCUCAAACUCUCCCCAAAUGUCUCUCAGGAAAGCCUUGGGUUCUGUUCCUUUAAAACUCUGUUAUUAUCACAAUUUUAAUUAAAUAAAUUAUACUCUUAAUUAGCCCAGGGAUUGCACACUCAGGUAAGGUCAAUGAGUGUGAGUGUGAGGUGAUAGGAAGUGGUGGGGAUUGUGGAGAGAACACAGCUACAUGGAGGGGCAGUUCAUACUCGGCUCCGGCAGAGAGUGGCCCAGUGUUAUCGGAUCUUCCAUACUUUCAAAGGAAGCCAGAAAUCUGGGCUUUUUAAGUGAAGUCCCCCUCCACAACUAGAAGGACCCACAACUAAAAUAUGCAACUAUGUACUGGGGAGAAAAAGCAGGAAAAAAAAAAGAAGAUUGGCAACAGUUGUCAGCUCAGGUCCCAAUCUUUAAAAAAAAAAGGAAAGUGAAGUCCCCCUCAACAUUUAAAUAUUGGCACAGACAUAAUUAUUUUUAGAAACAACGUGGGCCAAAUAAACAUCAGUGGCUCCCAGUUUGUAGCCUCUGGUUUAAUAUCUUUCUCUCCCACUUGACUCUCAUAACUGCGUUAGGCUAGUGGAGGUUAUAGCGAGGGGCACAUGCCACGUCUGCUGUGGGUUCAACAAACGAAAACCAGAAACAGAUGAUGGCCUCUCCCGGUAGAGGUAGGGUCAGAAAGAAUACACUGGCAGGGAGAUGGCGUUCGUUCCUGUCCUGUCUUUUUAAUCGCCCACUGAAAAUUUCUCCAUCUCCCUUUAAGUCCUGCCCCCCUGUGGCGCCCUGAGCCUCAUCACCCUCUCGCCUGCAGGCAUCACAAUGGCCAGAGCUGCUUCUGGCUCAGGCCUCUGUGACAUCACCAGCUGCCCAGCCCUAAGUACCCAGUCUCCAGUGUGAGAGCAAACAAACCCACCAUGAGCGACCCCCUCCCGCAUCUCUGCUCACCAUGCGGAUGCUGAAAUGGUUCUUGUUCUUGCCUCUGUGCCUCUCCUGUGGCUAUGCCUUUAUGUCUUCUUCUCUGAGAGACAGAGCCAAGGAACCCCAGGGAAAGGUGCCUUGCGGAGGUCACUUCCGGAUGAGGCAGAAUCUGCCAGAGCAUGCCCAAGGCUGGCUUGGGAGCAAAUGGCUCUGGCUUAUUUUUGUUAUUGUGCUGUAUGCAACACUGAAGUUUCGAGGAGACGGUGAGAAGAGUAAGGAGCAGAAUCCUCCUGGCCUUCGAGGCUGUUCAUUUCGCUCUCCACUAAAGAAAAAUCAAAUUGCUUCCCCCAGCAAAGACUAUGCAUUCAAUACCUUAACCCAGCUCGAGAUGGACCUUGUGAAAUUUGUGUCCAAGGUGCAGAAUAUGAAAGUCGUCAUGGCAACUAGCGGUAACCUCAGGAUUCAGAACUCAGAGGUGCCUGCAGACCCACAACAUAAUAUUACGAUAUAUGAAAUAUGGGGCGAAGAAGAGUCCGAAUAAAUGGAUUUGUGUAUGAAAGUAGGAGAGAAAAAGUUGAGUGUUGACAAGUCAUAUGCAAACUAAUAGAACUAUUCCAAAGAAAAAAGAUUCUCAAAUUUGAGACCUUUUUUCCUUUUUUUCUC